AUGACUUGGCUUAUCAGUUGGGCUAGGACGGCUAUAAAAAGAGGCCGGUCGCCUGUGCUUCGGUUUCCAACAAGUGGGUACGAAGUGAUCAGGUCGUCUCAAAUCCUCGAGGAAGAGCGCUUUGAAGAGUUCAAGAAAGGGCACUAUUAUCCAGUCAACAUUGGUGACGUGUUAGUAUCCAGAUACCAGGUACUCGGAAAGCUGGGCUUCGGAACCACUUCCACAGUGUGGCUCGCCCGUGACCUCGAGGGUCGUCAAUAUGUCACACUGAAGGUGUUUACAAGGGGUGGAACUGGCCAAGGGGAGGUUCAGACCUAUAAAGCCCUAAGUCAAGGAAACAAAUCACAUCCAGGCUAUACGCAUGUGAGGACCGCAUUAGAUGCAUUCACGAUAUCGCAUCAAGGGGGCGGACAUCAGGGAAGUAAGCAUUACUGUCUUGUCCAAAAACCUAUGUGGGGGAGCUUUCGAGAUUUGUUGUAUCUUGAUCCGGCACAUCGGCUUAGCGAGGAUCUUCUGAAGAGCGGACUUAAGCAGAUCUUCCUUGCGCUUGAUUAUCUUCACACCGAAUGCCAGCUCGUCCAUACUGACAUCAAGAGCGACAACAUCCUUCAAGAACUGGAAGAGACGUCGAUACUUGAAAAGUUUACUGACUCUGAGAUCGAGCAUCCCUCGGCGCGGAAAUCAGUCAAUAACAUGCCAGUUUAUGCUUCUCGUCGAUUUGAGUUACCUCCGAACCUGAACAGGGCAGUUCUGAGCGACUUCGGUUCAGCUGUGCGGGGCGAUGAAAAGAGAAACCAUGAUGCUCAGCCCACUAUCUACAGAUCACCAGAAGUCAUGUUAAAAACUGAGUGGAGCUAA